UUUAUUUAUCAAAAUGUAAUGAUACCAUGGAUGCGAGAUUAUUUAUACUUGUCUCCCUCUCAUCUAAACUCCUAUCACUUUUCUUUUCAAUCUCAUCAAUUUCCAACCAAUCUUCUAGAAACCAAUUUUCUCUCAUCCAUUCUUAAUUCUUCCGCUUCUACAUUUUGUAAUCUGCCUUGACAUUUAAGUCUUAAUAGCUCCUCCUUCUCGUCUAAGGCUGUUUUCACUCUCAACAUGCCAUCAACCGCCCCUGUGAUAAGGCCCAAGAGCCAUCCGGUCAAUGCUCACAAGGAAGAGAGCCCUAUCAGUUACGACAUCAACAUCCCCUACGUGGACGUCAAUGGGGACAACACCGUCAGAACCCGGUACCCAGAAUAUUUGCCAACAUGGGACAAAAUGUGGUUUGAUCCACUGCCCCCAUUCCACUAUGACGAUCCGGCGCUGCGCGUAGAGGAUAGGUCCAAGCCUAAUCUCUUGACUCCCGAAGCUAAAGUGACCGAAAUCCAGCCGAAGAUCGGCACCAUCAUCGAAGGCGUUCAGCUGAGCCAGCUCUCGGACGCCGCGAAGGAUGAGCUUGCAUUGCUGGUUUCCGAGCGCAAAGUUGUCGCAUUUCCCGCGCAGGAUCUGAUCGAUGCUGGGCCCGAGGCACAGGAACAGUUUAUGCGCCAUUUCGGAAAACCGAACUAUCAGCCUGUUUCUGGAACGGUGCGCGGCCACCCCGGCUUCCAUAUCAUUCAUCGCGAUGGCAACAAAGAAGAGAUCUCGCGUUUCCUGUCGCAGCGCACGACAACCACUCUGUGGCAUCAGGAUGUGAGCUACGAAAUCCAGCCACCCAGCUACGUCAUGUUGGGUCUUCUGGAAGGCCCAGAAGUAGGAGGUGAUACCGUCUUUGCGGCGACCGAUAUGGCCUACAAACGUCUUUCUCCGACUUUCUGCUCCUGGCUCGACACUCUCCGGGCCGUUCACUCUUCCGCUAAAAUGAUCAACCACGCCCGCCUAACCAACAGCCUCGUCCGCAAGGACCCCGUGGACACCGUCCACCCACUAGUCCGAGUCCACCCAGUGACGGGCGAGAAGUGCCUCUUCAUCAACGGCGAAUUCAUCACCAAGAUCCAAGGUCUCAAGGAGCCCGAACAACGCUGGCUCACUGAAUUCCUCAUGAACCACAUCAUCACCGGCCACGACUUCCAAGCUCGAGUAAGAUGGCAACCAAAGACAAUCGUUAUCUUCGAUAACCGCUGUACUCUUCACUCAGCAAUCGUCGACUACCUAGACGAUGACUACGGCGCAAAGCUCCGCCACAUCUUCCGCCUGACUGCACUAGGCGAGAAGCCCAUCCCCGUCUACGACCAGUUCGAGUAAAAAAAAAAAGGAACUCGAAAAACAACAUAGUAUCAGGCGAACAGCACGUCGUCUUGCAAUUUACGAAUCAUCGCUUCAUUAUCCCGGGCGUUCUGCUGGGAGUGCAAAAAACCUAUUGAGCGUUACGUUACUUCUGCUUAAAUCCGGGUUCAUAAUAUUUUCUUUUUCGGGAAGGAGUGCAAAAAUUUGCUGGCUUUUUUUUUUCUCUUUUCUUUUCUUCGCUGCAUAUGCAUGCGUGCGGGAUCUACAACUUAUAAUUCUUGUUUUCUUUUCUUUCUCUGCUUGGGAUACCUAUUCUUGUUCGCGCGAUAGACGGUUGGAUUUUGGAUUUUGGAUUUGGUAGUUUAGACAUGUUAAUCUCUCGCGAGAACUAGCUUAUAGACAUUGGUAUUUGAUCUACGUUGAUAUUGGUUGUUAGCAGGCUUCUCCU